AUGGGUAUUCGUGCGGCCAUUGAACGUAAAAUCAAAGUGCUAAAAGUGUAUGGAGAUUCCGCAUUGGUGAUAUACCAACUCAAAGGAGAAUGGGAAACCAGAGACCCUAAGUUGAUCAGUUAUAAAGAGCUGGUUCUUGAAUUGAUUGACGAGUUUGAUGACAUCACUUUCUGUUAUCUCCCACGAUAUGAAAACCAGAUGGCUGACGUACUGGCUACUCUAGCCUCGAUAAUUAAUGUGAACAAUAUUGAAGAUGAGGGAAAAGCUGAUCACCCUUGGUAUCAAAGUAUACUACAGUAUGUGAAGAAUCAAAAAUACCCUGAUCAAGCGACAGAAAAUGACAAGAGAACACUCAGAAGAAUAGCCAUUGAGUAUGUCUUAGAUGGGGAAGUGUUGUACAAAAGAGGGAAAGAUCAAGUGCUGUUAAGAUGUGUAGAUGCCAUGGAGGCUAGAAAGAUCCUAGAAGAAGUCCAUGAGGGCAUUUGCGGAACCCAUGCAAAUGCUUACCGAACAUCUGUUAAGAGCUCUACUAGGGCAACACCCUUUUCUCUAGUUUAUGGGAUGGAAGCCGUUUUACCCAUUGAAGUGGAGAUUCCUUCUCUUCGGAUAUUAGCUGAAUUGAAAUUGGAUGAAGCAGAAUAG